GCAUGUAAUAAUCAUCUACCAUCUCCACCUCAAAAUAAGGUGGAGACCUAAUAUUUAGGCUACUUUCUAGCGGCAUAUAAUGAAAGAUAUGAAUAAGAAGCAAAGACUACCAACUUCCUGUUCUUUUCUCUCCUGUUAUAUAUGAUAUCACAAGACACUUGACAUUCAACGCAACAAUGUCUGAUCAAGAAUCCUCCAAUAUUGACCCUUACAAGUUUUUCAAAAUCAGUCUCAACCCGGAUGGCUCGCUCACCCGCCCUGAAUCAUUCCCCAAUGUCCCUCCCACGCCGGAUACGAAUGACCUCGCUGAUUCUCAGCUUGCUCUGUCUAAAGACAUUCAUACGAAAAAUGGGAUCCUCAUCCGCCUCUUCCGCCCUCUUGAAUGCCCGACAAAACUGCCGUUGAUUGUGUACUUCCACGGUGGUGGUUUUGUUUUCUUCAGUGCUACGUCAGCCCCUUUUCAUAAUUCAUGCAAUCGGAUGACGACUGUUUGCCAGGCAUUAGUGUUGUCUGUUGAUUAUCGCCUUGCACCUGAAAAUCGCCUCCCAGCAGCAUACGAUGAUGCCAUGGAGGCGAUAAUGUGGGUGCGGGAUCAGGCAAAACAUACGGACGGUUGUGAUCCGUGGUUGAAAGAUCACGCUGAUUUCUCUAGAGUUUUCCUCAUGGGAAGUAGCGCGGGUGGAACCAUGGUCUACUACUCAGGCCUACGCGCACUAGAUGAAGAUCUUAGUCCGAUGAAAAUCAGAGGGUUGAUAAUAAAUCAAGGGUAUUUUGGCGGGGUUGAGAGGACCCCGUCGGAGUUGAGGCUCGUAAAUGAUAGGGUUGUACCCUUGGCAGCCAAUGAUCUAAUGUGGUCAUUGGCAUUACCAGAAGGCGUUGAUCGCGAUCAUGAGUAUUGUAAUCCGGCAACUGGAUCUUCAUCAGAGAAGAUUCAAAAGCUGCCGAGAUGUUUGGUUAGAGGGUAUGGAGGGGAUCCAUUGGUUGAUAGGCAGAAGGAACUGGCUAAAAUGUUAGAGGCCCGUGGGGUGCAGGUGACAGCGAGUUUCGAUGAGGAAGGAGCUCAUGCGGUGGAAUUGACUGAUCCGGUAAAGGCCACGAAACUGUAUGAUGAGAUCAAGAAUUUUGUUCAUUCUUCAGCUAAUUAAAAGGUUGCAUGCUCGGAAAUUCAUAUGUCAGAGGGAGUCCUAUCCACCUAGCUUGUGAGAUCAAAAGAUGAGAAGAAUGAUUGUGUUUGAUUCAUGUAAAUUGUUGUUUUUAUUUAUAAUAAUUUCUAAAGAGUUUGAUAUACAGAUUGACUUUAACCCAAGGGUCCAA